AUGUCGCGGAGAAAGCAGGCGAAGCCUCAGCAUUUCCAAUCCGACCCCGAUCUGGCCUUGUUAUCCCAGCGAAAUGGAGACACAGAAAAGGGUCAAGCAAAUCGAACCACUAAGAACAAGGACGCCCAUGUCUGUGGCAGGUGCUGUGCUGAGUUCUUUGAAUUAUCAGAUCUCCUGCAACACAAGAAGAAUUGUACUAAAAAUCAAUUAGUUUUAAUUGUGAAUGAAAAUCCAGCUUCUCCUUCUGAAACCUUCCCUCCUAGUUCCCCUUCUGAUAAUCCUGAUGAACAGAUGAAUGACACAGUUAAUAACACAGAUCAAGUAGACUGCAGUGACCUUUCAGAGCAUAACAAACUUGACAGGGAAGAAUCCAUGGAUGUGGAGGCUUCCAGCAUUAACAAUAGCAGUAGCAGUUCCAAGAGUGUCAACAAUAGUAUUACAAGCAGUAACAGCUCCACAAUGGGUACCUCAGCUGUAACAACCUCUCUACCUCACAUAGGGGAUCUGACAACAUUAGGCAACUUUUCAGUGAUAAACAGUAAUGUAAUAAUUGAAAACCUUCAGAGUACUAAAGUGGCAGUAGCACAGUUCUCACAGGAAGCAAGAUGUAACGGUGCAUCGAACAGUAAGCUUGCUGUACCUGCCCUGAUGGAGCAACUGUUGGCAUUACAGCAGCAGCAGAUCCAUCAGUUGCAACUGAUUGAACAAAUUCGUCACCAAAUAUUAUUGUUGGCUUCCCAAAAUACAGACAUGCCAACAUCUUCUAGUCCUUCUCAAGGUACUUUAAGAACAUCUGCCAACCCCUUGUCCACAUUAAGUUCACAUUUAUCCCAGCAGCUGGCUGCAGCAGCUGGAUUAGCACAAAGCCUUGCUAGUCAAUCUGCCAGCAUCAGUGGUGUGAAACAGCUACCCCCUAUACAGCUACCUCAGAGCAACCCUGGCAACACUCUAAUUCCAUCCAGUAGUGGCUCUUCUCCAAAUAUUAACAUAUUGGCAGCAGCAGUUACAACACCAUCCUCAGAAAAAGUGGCUUCAAGUAUUGGUGGCUCACAGCUCAGCAAUCCACCAGUAUCAGCAUCAUCUUCACCAGCUUUUGCAAUAAGCAGUUUAUUAAGUCCUGCAUCUAAUCCACUUCUACCUCAGCCCACCCCUAAUAACUCUGUUUUCUCCAGCCCCUUGUCCAAUAUUGGAACACCUGCAGAGGAUUUAAACUCCUUGACUGCCUUGGCACAGCAAAGAAAAAGCAAGCCACCAAAUGUAACUGCUUUUGAAGCUAAAAGUAAUUCAGAUGAGACAUUCUUUAAGCAUAAAUGCAGGUUCUGUGCUAAAGUGUUUGGGAGUGACAGUGCCUUGCAGAUUCAUUUGCGUUCUCACACUGGCGAGAGGCCAUUUAAAUGCAACAUAUGUGGAAACAGGUUCUCCACAAAGGGAAACUUAAAAGUCCAUUUUCAGCGUCAUAAAGAAAAAUACCCUCAUAUUCAAAUGAAUCCAUACCCGGUGCCAGAGCAUUUGGACAAUAUUCCUACAAGCACGGGUAUUCCUUAUGGGAUGUCUAUACCACCAGAGAAACCUGUCACAAGCUGGCUGGACAGCAAGCCAGUCCUUUCCACCCUGACGACUUCUGUUGGCCUGCCACUCCCACCAACGAUUCCAAACUUGACCCCAUUCAUCAAAACUGAGGAGCCUCAGCCGAUUCCCAUUAGCCAUCCUUCUGCUAGCCCUCCCAACUCUGUCAAGAGUGACUCGGGAACAGCUGAUCCCACAUCAAAAAUUACCAAUGGACUUUCUGAUGAGGUAGAGGCUGGUGGUUUGCCUACCUCAAAUGGCAAAAUGGAAGAAAACCCUCAAAACACAAACGCCAUCACUAAUGUGAGCAGCUCUGUGAGCUCACCAGCAGCAGACUCGGGCUCUGGUGGUGUGGCCACUUUUACAAAUCCACUGAUGCCUCUAAUGUCAGAGCAAUUUAAGGCAAAGUUUCCAUUUGGAGGACUACUGGAUUCAACAUCAGCGUCUGAAACGUCAAAGUUGCAGCAACUGGUAGAAAACAUUGACAAAAAGGCAACUGAUCCUAACGAGUGCAUCAUUUGCCACCGAGUCCUCAGUUGCCAGAGUGCACUGAAAAUGCAUUAUCGCACACAUACUGGUGAGAGGCCAUUUAAAUGUAAAAUCUGUGGUCGUGCUUUCACUACUAAAGGCAACUUAAAGACUCAUUACAGUGUCCACCGUGCCAUGCCCCCGCUGAGAGUACAACAUUCAUGUCCGAUCUGCCAGAAAAAAUUCACCAACGCUGUUGUGCUGCAGCAGCACAUCCGAAUGCACAUGGGAGGGCAGAUCCCCAACACCCCAGUGACAGAAAACUAUCCCGAGUCAAUGGAAUCAGAUACGGGAUCUUUUGAUGAUAAGAAUUUUGAUGAUAUAGACAACUUCUCAGAUGAGAACAUGGAAGAUUGUCCUGACAGCAGCGUGCCAGAUACACCUAAAUCUGCAGAUGCAUCACGAGACAGCUUGUCGUCUUCUCCUCUGCCUCUGGAAAUGUCAAGUAUUGCUGCUCUGGAAAAUCAGAUGAAGAUGAUCAAUGCGGGACUGGCUGAGCAGCUUCAAGCAAGCUUAAAGUCAGUUGAAAAUGGGUCAGUGGAAGGGGACGUUUUGACUAACGAUUCGUCAUCUGUUGGUGGUGAUAUGGAAAGCCAAAGUGCUGGAAGCCCUGCUGUCUCAGAGUCUACCUCUUCCAUGCAGGCCUUGUCCCCAUCCAACAGCACUAACGAUUACCACAAGUCACCAAGUAAUGAAGAGAAGCCAGUGAGAGCUUUACCAAGUGAAUUUGCCAAUGGUCUGUCUCCAACCCCUGCUAACAGUGGUGCUUUGGACUUGACAUCUAGUAACACUGAUAAAAUGAUUAAAGAAGAGUCUCUGAGUAUGCUCUUUCCUUUUAGAGAUCGAGGGAAAUUUAAAAACACUGCAUGUGACAUUUGUGGCAAAACAUUUGCUUGUCAGAGUGCCUUGGACAUUCAUUACAGAAGUCAUACCAAAGAGAGACCAUUUAUUUGCACAGUUUGCAAUCGUGGCUUUUCCACAAAGGGUAAUUUGAAGCAGCAUAUGUUGACACAUCAAAUGCGAGAUCUACCAUCACAGCUCUUUGAGCCCAAUUCCAGUAUUGGCCCUAAUCAGAACUCUUCAGUUAUGCCUGCUAAUUCACUGUCAUCGCUCAUAAAGACUGAGGUUAAUGGCUUUGUGCACAGCUCUCCUCAGGAUAGCAAAGAAUCACCCUCUGGUCUAGUUGCUUCGGGGCCGCUGUCCUCCUCUGCCACGUCCCCUGUCCUGCUCCCUGCUCUUCCCAGAAGAACCCCCAAACAGCACUACUGCAACACGUGUGGGAAAACGUUUUCUUCCUCCAGUGCUCUGCAGAUCCAUGAAAGGACACACACUGGUGAGAAACCUUUUGCCUGCACUAUAUGUGGAAGAGCAUUCACAACAAAAGGCAAUCUGAAGGUUCACAUGGGCACCCACAUGUGGAACAGUACUCCUGCAAGACGAGGCAGACGACUUUCUGUAGAUGGUCCCAUGACAUUUCUAGGAGGCAAUCCUGUAAAGUUCCCAGAAAUGUUUCAGAAGGAUUUGGCUGCACGGUCAGGGAAUGGAGACCCCUCCAGCUUCUGGAACCAGUACGCAGCAGCACUCUCCAAUGGCUUGGCCAUGAAGACCAACGAGAUCUCUGUCAUCCAGAAUGGUGGCAUCCCUCUGGCACCAGGGGGCCUGGGCAACGGUGGCAGCUCUCCCAUCAGCGGCUUGACAGGAAGCCUAGAGAAGCUCCAGAAUUCAGAACCCAAUGCACCUCUAGCUGGUCUGGAGAAAAUGGCAAGCAAUGAAAAUGGGACAAACUUCCGUUUUACGCGUUUCGUGGAAGACAACAAAGAAAUUGUAACAAAUUAG